AUGGAUAAGGAGCCAUCAGGACCAUCUAGCACAGGCUCAAGAAGUGCAGGAGGCUUCGGUCUGUUUGGAUCUGCUGGCCCCCAGACAGAGCUCGCUGGAGUGCCAUUGGCAGGCAUGAGUCCUCUCUCGCCAUACCUUAAUGUGGACCCCAGGAUCCUGAAUAUGGUGACCCGCCAAGGUGCCACAUGGGCAAACACUUUGAAUUCAAUAGCUCUGCUGUACAGUGCAUUUGGGGUGAACUUUGAGAAAGCCAGAGGGGCAGAGGACGACGUCAACACCAUUGCUGCAGGAACUCUGACUGGUGUCAUCUACAAAUCUCCAGGAGGUUUGCGGGGGGCAGCGCGGGGCGGGUUGCUUAGGCCGACGCUUUCUGGGCUCUAUGCUCUCUACAAUAACUGGGACCAUUUGAAGGGAGGCUCUCCUACCUGCUACUGAAGCUUCUGUCAAAGAUACUCAACAAAUUAGUACAAAAAAAUUAGUCAAUUUUUGUUUCUUUCUAAAUUCAAUGUCCAUUAACUUUAAAGCUAAGAUGUAAAUGUCAAGGAACUGCUCUUUGAGGC